AUGGGGACGGGACAGUGGAGAGAUGAAAGCAGUUCUCAACGUCAACAGCACAUUCAGCGAUGGCACCAAUACCAUCAGAACUGUCCAUCGCUGGUUGGCUUACUUCGCAAGAGAAGACACGCUCUCCGAGGACCUCUUCUGCUGCUUCUAGGAUUCGAAGGGGAUCCUGCUGCUCUGCCAAAGACACCGCUGUCAGUCACCGCUGUCAUUUACGCCGCUAAGGUAGAGAAAGUUGCAAAAACUGCUCGAAAAAAGCGGCUGAGACUAGCUUCGGUGCAUCUCCUUCAUGAUAAUGUGAGACCCAUUUAG